AUGGAGGAGGGAUGGGGGACAGGGGGGGACAGGGGGGGGGGUCUGGAGCGCGUUUGGAAACUGGCAAAGCGAUGCAAGACUCGCCUCGAAGGCAUCUUCUAUCGCAGACAGCAAGUGAACGCUUACUACACGUCUGAGGGGAACAGAGUGGCACAAACAAGCCCCGGAGGCUUCACUUGGAGUUGCCACCUGAUAAAUCAACAGAUGCUUCAGUCAUGUGGCUGUAUUGUGCCCACGCCCCAGGUGUGUGUUUCAACCCUGGUGACGGUGAGCACAAUGGCUGUGGUGGACCUCUACCUGCUGGAGCAGAGCAUGCUGGGAGCUCGUGGUGCUCAGGGACCCAGUCUGUGGCAGUGUGUGGCUGUGUUGCUAGGUGAUAUAGGCUUUCUCCUCGCACUGCGCUUUGUAUCAGCAGGUGUGGUCUCAGAAGCUCGGUCUCCACGCCGUGGCUUUGCAAACGCUCUGUGGUUCAUGUUCUUGUCUCUACUGCAACUGAAGCUUUUCUUCGUUUGCCACAACUACCGCCAGGAGCGUCGCCCGCCUGACCCUUUGGCCCGAAAGACACUGACCCUGCUGCUGUCCAUCUGCCUACCCUCCCUGUUUCUCAUUCUGACGGGGGCUGACCACAUGAGCCCGCAGCGGAGGAAGCAGGAGGUGCGUGGCCGGCUGCUGUGGGUGGUAGUGGAUCUGCUGGACGUCCUGGACCUACAGGCCGGACUAUGGGAGUCUCAAGCCAGCACAAUUUUCCCUGGGGACCAGAAGCUACCGAUUUGGGCCGAGGGUCUGGUGUUUUUUUACUGCUAUGCACUGCUGCUGCUCUUGCCGUGUGUUGCCCUCACAGAACUGGGGGCAACUGGACUGCCAGGACAGAGAGGGCCUCGGAGGGAGGCUCUGUAUCCAUGGCUCAGUCUGGUCACUAUCAACAUCUUCACACUAGCCCUGAGGGGCACGGGCAUGCUGUGGUACCGGGACCCUCGGAUCUCCACUGUGUUCCUGGGGAAAAACCUGCUGGCUCUGGCAGUGAAGCUGAGCUCAGCAUGGGAAAGGCACAGACACGAGCGGCGUGCUGGAGGCUCUGGGACUGUGGUGGAGACGGGAGACUCCACGGGGCCAAGUCAGAGCUCAGAGCUCCGAGAGGGACAGGCCCAGGCUAAAGAGCUGUCAUCUCAUUACCACUCUCUGACGCGCUCUCAAAGCCACACACUGUCUCAUGUGAGCCUGGAGCCCUCAGAGACGGCCUUAGGACCUUCUUUCAUUUCUCACGAACUAUAG